UGUUACUUCACCGGCUGGCACCUUCUCCGAUACAAAUCCGCAGCCACUUUGACCUUGAGAAAUGAAAUCGAACAAGAUCCCAUCGGCCACGCCUUCUCGAUCUUUUUCAUUUUGAGUUCUUUUCUACUUUAUCGGCCGGCGAAGACCAAGAAAUUUCAAAACUGUGAUUGGUUCUGCAGCCAUUAAUAACACCACCAAAGCCUCAAACCGUUGGUUUUCUUCUUCUUCUUCUUGCUUGUUUAUCUUCUUCUCCAAACAUACAGGGUUCCUACUUUUGGCGGCCUCGGCUCUUCUAUGCUCUCUCGAUGGAGUCGCCGGGGCCCCCGUCGCCGCUGGAUUCGUUGGCGCUCUGGGUGCGGACCAACUACGCGGAGCCGAUCGGCGCCGUGAGGCAGUCCGCCCGCGUCGCCUACGUGGUCAUCGCCUUCUGCUCCGCCCUUUUCCUCGGCGGCCUCAAAGCUUUGGUGGUCGGCCCUGUGGCGGCGUUGUUGUUAAUUCUUGGGAACGUCGGGGUGAUACUGGGGCUGUUUCCGGCUCAUGUUGCCUGGACCAUCUACUCUAUUGUAAAAUCUACUUGCAUAAAUACAGCACUUAGGCUUGCAUUCUUGUUUGUUCUACCCGUAUUCCUUGGGUUAUGGCUGGCCAUUGCGAUAUCAGGGAGUGUACUUGUAGGAAUUGGUUAUGGCUUCUUCACACCGUGGCUGUCAACUUUUGAGGCCUUCCGAGAGGACAAUGAAACAAAGAUAAUUUUUCGCUUCGUUGUGGAUGGUACAUGGAGUACUAUUAAAGGGAGCUGCACUGUCGUGAGAGAUUUCGCAGAUAUAUGCUACCACUCAUAUCCUCUUUACUUAAAAGAAUUGAGAGAAAAAUCCCAUGAUGGGCAGUCAUAUUCGAUUAGGUUGAUAGAGAUACCUGCUUGUGUGGUGGUUGCUUCUAUGGGCGUAGUUGUCACUAUUCCACUUUACACUGUCAUAGCAUUGGUAAAAAGCCCUUAUAUGCUAUUCAAAGGCUGGCAGAGGCUACUACAGGAUCUUAUAAGUCGAGAAGGGCCAUUUAGUGAGACAGCUUGUGUGCCUAUUGCUGGUCUUGCUAUUCUACUUUGGCCUUUAGUUGUUCUUGGGAGUUUCCUGUUGGCUGUCGUCUCAAGUAUCUUCAUUGGGUUAUAUGGAUCUGUCAUUGUGUAUCAGGAAAGAUCUUUCAAACGAGGAGUUGCUUUCGUGGUUGCCAUGGUUGCCGAGUUUGAUGAAUACACUAAUGAUUGGCUCUAUCUAAGAGAAGGGACCAUUCUUCCGAAACCUCGGUACAGAAAGAGAAAGCCAUCUCAAUCAGAAGAAUUUUCUAUUGGAUCGAAUUCUUUUAGAGCAGUUAAAGCUAGUCAUGCUUCUUCAUCAGCUCCUUCAAUGUUGGUACCUAGCUUGGCUCCUUCGAGAUCUAUCAGAGAGACAAUACAAGAGGUCAAAAUGGUGCAGGUGUGGGGAGAGAUCAUGAAAUCUUGUGAAACCAGGGGCAAGGAACUUGUGGAUGCAAACAUCAUCACAACCUUCCAUCUCCGCGAAUGGUUACAAACCAAGGGACGCAGCCAAGAAAUGGUUGGCAUUGGCCUUCCUUCAUAUGCAUUUUUGCAUAAUCUCCUCUUCUCCAUCAAAGGCGGUUCUGGUGGAAUAUUGCUGAGUGGUGGUAUUGAAGUUACCCACUUCAACCGACCCCAAGAUCGGUUGUUGGAUUGGUUCUUCCAUCCCGUUAUGGUACUGAUGGAGCAAAUCAGGGUCCUGAAUCUGAAAGACGAUGAGGUCAAGUUCUUGGAGAAGUUGGUUUUGUUUGCAGGAAGUAGCACAUUGCCAGUGCAAGCAACAGGCGAUGGUGCCAUGGUCGGCCAAGAUACAAUUAGGACAGCUCAGAUUCAAGCCAUUAGUAGAAGGUUGGUUGGCAUGACUCGGAGUGGCUCCAAAUUCCCAACCUACAGAAGAAGAUUCAGACAAGUCAUAAAGGUCAUUUUAGCUUACUCUCUCGAGCAAGAAGGAACUAUCGAGAGAGGAAGGUCUUACAAAGGGCAUUCAAGUAGAUCAAUUUCUUCAAUUGAGAUUGUCGAAAGUGAAGUAUAGUGAUUUAUUUCUUUCUGAUCCUUUUUCAUAGAUCUUUUUGUGAUUAUUUUGUAGUGUGAUGUGCAUAGUGGUUUGAGUGUUUGUUUAGUGAAGGUAGUUCUGAGCAUUCAAGUAAACUUGAAGCCUUGAGAUGCAGAACAAAGAACAAAGAGUUGGAUCAACUCCUGUUUGUGUUGGUGUAAAAUUUUUCCAUCAUGCUGUUGGCCUUUGAAUG